UCCACGUUGGCCCGGACGUGGCAGUCUGCUGUAGUCCUUUUGAAGCAAUCUCAACGUCAAGCAACAAUUGUGCCUCUUUUUUGGGGGGGGGUGAUUUCAUUUGCUUUUCCCAAACAAUCAAACAUCACACUCCAGUCAUGGGGCUGACCUUAUCGUCAGUCUUCGGACGACUUUUUGGCAAAAAACAAAUGAGGAUUUUAAUGGUCGGACUGGAUGCUGCAGGGAAAACAACCAUCUUAUACAAGCUGAAGCUUGGCGAAAUUGUAACUACCAUCCCCACUAUAGGUUUCAAUGUGGAGACCGUUGAGUACAAGAAUAUCAGUUUCACAGUGUGGGAUGUGGGUGGUCAGGACAAGAUCAGACCCCUGUGGAGACAUUAUUUCCAGAACACACAGGGCCUCAUCUUUGUAGUGGACAGCAAUGACAGAGAAAGAGUGGCAGAGGCUGCAGAUGAGCUCUCAAAGAUGUUACAGGAGCAAGAACUGAAAGACGCCAUCUUGCUGGUGUUUGCCAACAAACAGGACCUUCCCAACGCCCUGUCAGUCAGCGAGGUCACAAACGAACUGAAUCUCCACGAUCUUCGCAACAAAAAGUGGCACGUUGAGUCAACCUGCGCCACCCAGGGCACCGGGCUCUAUGAAGGACUGGACUGGCUUUCCACAGAGCUCUGCAAGUAGACUGACUGGAUGGAAGAGAGGGUGACCUUUUCACGGACAUUCAAUCAGGAAACAUUAGGUCUUCUAGCUGCAGACAGUGCAGGAGACCAGUAUAAUGGUGUUUUUUGAUUGGGGUGGGUGGGACUGAGGGAUGGGGGCGGGGGGUAUUGCUAUAUCUCCAACUUGUGUUUUGAAGCGUAUUCCAUUAUUACCAUCUUUUUAAACUGGCAACGAAUAGUACCUUGCAAUCCAUUGUAUGACCAGCAAUGCAAUUUGUAUUCUUGACCAGUUGAGUUGUUCCACUUUGGUUCUUUCUGUGAAGUUGUGAUCGACUGAAGUGUGGACCAAUACUUUAGUGAUUUGACUGUGUGACGUGUUCUUGAACCAUAGUGGUUGGAUCCAAAAAGAAACAUUGUGCCUUCUGGCCCCCCACUCUUCUCUUAUACAAGCCUGACUAAAUCUGUUGUAGCAAGUUAGUUUGACCUAAAAAAAACUGACAUUCAUGUUUGUCUAGUCUAACAAACAAUUGUUAACAGAAGGAACAUCCUAACAUGGCAUAGUGAAGUAGCAUUUGGGGGUUUUGUCUUAUAUGGAGGAGUUUGAUAGCAAAUACUUUACUUAAUUACUGUCUACAGUCUUGAAAAAACUACAUUCUUGGGGAUUUACAUUCCAUCGUGCUUGCAGACCUGGAAAGUUAGUCAUUGAUAUAAAUGUGCUUUUCAAAAACAUUGACAAUAAAGAUGGAAAAAUAUUUCAUUUA